CUGAUUGUGCCUGUGUUUACAUGUCAAAAUGUUUUAUUUCUUUGUGCUUACCUCACAGAAUUACAUUCAUACAGAAAGAAAAGUCAUCAAAAUGACUCAAAUCAGGUGAGAAAGCAUGCACUAAUGUGAAAGAGAGGAGGAGGAACAGAUGAAGCUCAGAUGAGGAGGGAGGAGAGUGACGGCAAUGAUGGGGCGGGGGGGCUGUUGUUGAUUGUUUCUCAUACAAGAGUGGUAACGCAGACAGAUCUCCAUACCAGACCACGGGGUACUUUGGGCUCUGUGCAUCUGUCACUGGAGCCAACGAGGGUGGGAGGGCUUUCUACAGCUCAUACAUUACCAGUUCCUGUCAUCUUUUUCUGUCUUCAUCUUUAAUACCCUGUCUUACUCUGAUGCCAUCUCUUACUCCUUCACUGUUUCUCUAAAUGUUUUUGCUUUAAUCUAACUCUAACUUAUGAAGGACGGUCUGCAUCAAUAUGGUCAUCAUCACUUUGCAGCUUAGUGAAGAACAUCAGCACAACUGGAAUUAAAUUGUCCAAACAGACAGCUGGAGGAGCUUUUACCUGUCAUUUUUGUCAGAGCCUCUUCAGUUGCACCUACUUUCCUUCCUCUUCCGCAACCGGCAGCAUCCCAAAAGCUGUGCAUCCCUCCAUGCUGACGGAGCGAGUCCCAGUCAGCCUGAUGUCCUCAGUUGUAGCCCCAGAAAAACCCACCUCCAACACCAUGGGCCCCAAAGAGGUGGAGCUGAUCCUGGUGAAGGAGCAGAAUGGGGUUCAGUUCACCUCAACUGCCUUAGUGGCUCCAACGCCUGCUCACACCAACACCGGUGGUGAGGAGGAGAGGGAGACCUGGGGGAAGAAGAUCGACUUUCUCCUGUCUGUGAUCGGAUUCGCCGUCGACCUCGCCAAUGUCUGGAGAUUCCCCUACCUGUGCUAUAAGAACGGGGGAGGUGCAUUCCUGGUGCCAUACCUCUUUUUCAUGGUGAUAGCGGGCAUGCCUCUCUUCUACAUGGAGCUGGCUCUGGGGCAGUAUAACAGAGAAGGGGCAGCAGGGGUCUGGAAGAUAUGUCCCAUAUUUAAAGGUGUUGGCUUUACAGUGAUCCUCAUUUCCCUCUACGUUGGUUUCUAUUAUAAUGUCAUCAUCUCCUGGGCGCUGUUCUAUCUCUUCUCCUCGUUCACUCGCGAGCUGCCAUGGGUCCACUGCAAUAACACAUGGAACAGUCCUAACUGUUCCGACUGGGCUGACAACAGUUCAGUCAGUGACAUUUACAAGGCCACACCUGCGCAGGAGUACUUUGAACGAGGGGUGCUCCACAUCCAGGACAGUAAAGGUAUUGAUGAUCUGGGUCGUCCACGCUGGCAGUUGACUUCCUGUCUAGCUGUUGUGAUUGUUCUGCUUUAUUUUAGUCUCUGGAAGGGAGUCAAAACCUCUGGGAAGGUUGUGUGGAUCACAGCCACAAUGCCCUAUGUGGUCUUAACUGUGUUGCUACUCCGCGGAGUCACUCUGCCCGGAGCCAUCGAUGGCAUUAAGGCCUACCUCUCUGUGGACUUCCUGAGACUCUGUGACGCCAAGGUCUGGAUUGAGGCUGCGACACAGAUCUGCUUCUCUCUGGGAGUGGGAUUUGGUGUGCUAAUUGCCUUUUCUAGCUACAACAAAUUCAGCAACAACUGUUACAGAGACGCCAUAAUCACCAGCUCCAUCAACUCUUUGACCAGUUUCUUCUCUGGCUUUGUGGUCUUCUCCUUCCUUGGGUACAUGUCCCACAAGCACAAUGUAGCCCUGGACAAAGUUGCCAGAGAUGGUGCUGGUUUGGUGUUUGUUAUUUACCCAGAAGCCAUUGCAACCUUACCUGGGUCAUCAGUGUGGGCGGUUAUCUUUUUCAUCAUGCUGUUGACGCUGGGCAUUGACAGUGCUAUGGGUGGGAUGGAAUCAGUCAUCACAGGGCUGAUCGAUGAGUUUAAAUUUCUCCACAAGCACAGAGAGCUGUUCACCCUCUUCAUCGUCGUUGCCACCUUCCUUAUAUCCCUCUUCUGUGUCACAAAUGGCGGGAUGUAUGUGUUCACUCUGCUGGACCACUUUGCGGCGGGAACAUCGAUUCUUUUUGGAGUGCUUAUUGAAGCCAUCGGCAUUGCAUGGUUUUAUGGUGUGGACCGAUUCAGUGAUGACAUUGAGGAGAUGAUUGGCCAGCGACCAGGAAGGUACUGGAGGCUGUGCUGGAAGUUUGUCAGUCCCUGCUUCCUCCUGUUUAUGGUGGUGGUGAGCUUUGCCACAUUCAACCCUCCAAACUACGGCUCCUACAUGUUUCCUUCAUGGGCUAACAUGGUGGGCUGGUGUCUGGCCAUUUCCUCAAUGACCAUGGUGCCUCUUUACGCCAUCUACAAACUCUGCACACUGCCUGGAAAGUUUUGCGAUAGACUGGCUUAUGCCAUCACCCCAGAGACAGAGCAUCAUUUGGUAGAUAAUGGGGAGGUUCGGCAGUUCACACUGCAUCACUGGUUGGUGGUUUGAAAAAUACAUAGAGAGAGAGUGAAAGAGUGAGAGAGAGAUAGAGAGAGAGAGAGAGAGAGAGAGAGAGAGAGAGAGAGAGAGAAUGAGAGUAUGGACAUUGGGUGGAUGAAUGGAUGCACAGCAAAGGUCUGAAGAGCUACAUAGAAGAAAGAAAUAGCCGUUUGAAUCAGUCACAAUGGUGGUGGUGAUGAUGGUGGGAGUAGUUUAAAAGUGCCAAUAAAAAAAACAUAGAAACUGUAGUGUUCUUUAAUUCCAUUAGUGGAUGUGUGAAGCUGUGCUUUGUGUUGGAAUUGGUGAAUGGGAUUCAGUCAAACAGGUAAUGUGGUGUUCAGACUAGUUCUUCCAUCAACAAGAAUCUCUUCUUGAAGGAGUAUCAUACAGAUUUUAGCCUGUUUGUUAAUUUUACCUCACACUUUCACUUGUUACAGUGUGAGAAAUGGGCUCAUAUUACCCAUUCAAUAGAGUGAACCACUGACAUGAUCAGUGGUUUACUAGUGCAUAGUAAAGUGGUAUUUCUUUGAGUCAAGAUGCACAUUUAAAAGAUCAUAUAUUUUGUUUAUGUAACUGGGGAUGAAGAUGAGUUACACACAACAUCUGGAAUUUUUUUUUUUAUUUUAACUAAUUUGUACUUAUUCCAUACAUACACAAACUCUUCACUUUUUUUUAGUAGUCGAGAUAUGUAGCCAAGAUAUGUAGGAAAUAAAUGCCACAGCUUUUACUGAAUCCCAGUCCAUGUCCAUUUCUUGUUUAUAGUAUUUACUUGCUCUUCUAAAAGACUGUUAUAAUAAACACAAUUCCUGCAGAAUUUGACAAAAAAAAGGACCCACAUUUGUUUACAACAGAAAAUUUUACAAGAAAGAACAGUUGCAACACCAACAGACUGGGAAAAAAAAGUAAGUCCAAAUAAACAUUACCUGAGCUUUCUCGCUAGGUAAGGUCACAAAAGGAUUCAUCACAUACAAGCCUGUGUUCCUGCUUUUAAUCAUAUUGCAUGGACUAACAAAAACACAGUCUGACCAGCAGAGCAGUUGAGUAGUGUUACAAAGUGUUGGUUUAUUGUGACACUGUCAUUCCAUCGCAUAAGUGAAUAUAUUAAAACUAAUACUAAAACAGAGCCUGUUUGUAAUCACACUUGAAUAGUUUUAAAGUGGCCUCAAAGCCCCAAACUUUCUAAACUUUUUGUCAACUUCCCAAUAAAUGUCACUGACACAAUAACAAAAACAUCAUCAGCCACACUGCUGACCUAAUCAACCAAAGACUAAAGGGAACAUUCAGAUACUACUUUCUCAUGAGUUUAUUUUGCCAAGGGAUUUUCCUUUUUCUAAUCAAUAGACCACUUGAUUGUUAACUUCAUCACACCAGGUCAAUCUCUCUCCCCCAUCAAACCAAUUAGGCUACUGCCAGUGCAAACAUGUAUUUUCUUUUUUGAGUAAACUGACGAUUUGAUGUGCAGGAUUUUUUUUUCCCCCCAGGUGGUGAUUUGAAAGCAUAAAGCUUUAAUUUUACCGUUUACAGAACUAUGUUCAGUGUUUCAAGACUGUUUUAAAAGCUGCUUUUUAUUAAACUGCAAACUAAAAGUGUGUAAUAUAUGAAGUCAUUUAAAUUAUUUAUCUGUGUAAAUGUAAUGUAGAGGAGGGAUGGUAUUGUAUUGUGCUGUAUGAUAUGAAUAACGGGACUAUAUAUCCAUAUAAACUUUCCUCUAAUUAACUUUUUAUGUUGAAUCAAACAUCAAUACAUACAUCGUUUUUCAAACAGUUCAGCAGUGACUUGUUUUCACGUUGUGGUACAUGUAAGACACUGAAGGGUUAAUUAUGUCCCAAAUUGUAUGCCUGUGCUGCUGUACUGUGCCGUGUGGUGUUUCUAACUGUAUGACUUUGUUUUGUACUGUCAAAUAAAGUAUAAUUAAUUAAAUUAUUACA